AUGGGAAGCUGUUUGAGCAAGAAAAGUGUUGAUUGUGCCAACCUUAAGAAGUCCGAGCCCCAGUUGGAGAAAAAGGAAAAGGUAGUUGAAAAUGAGAUCUUUAUAAUCAAACACCGGGACAGCAACGAGAUCGACCGGCGGCCCCGGCAGCAGGGGUCGCCGGCCGGCGAGGAAAAUGGCGAAAAUGAGAAGUCCGACGCCGAGAAGAGCACAGUCGUCAUUUCUAAUGAGGUUCCGGACGGGAAUGUCGCCGUCGUGGCUGUGGCGGCGGCGGCUCCCGUGAGGACGUCGAGCUGCACCAUGGCGGAGGUGGACGCCAUAUUGAUACAGUGCGGCCGGCUCAGCCGGAGCUCCUCCACCGCGAAAGCCGCCGCCUUUCCGCAGGAGGACGGCGGGGGGAGGAAGUACUCCGGCUCGAAGAGGAGCCACGAUUUCGACGGGGAGGGAGGUGCCGUCGCCCCCGACGGCGGGGACGCGGCGGCAGGGGAGAGGGAGGACCGCUGGAGCGAGCGGCGCCGCCAUUCCCAGGGAUGGCGGAGGACCCCAAGCAGAGAGAGGGACAGCGACAGGGACCAGAAGCAGCUCUCCGGAAGCAGAGAGAGAGGCGGCGGGCGGAGGGUGAGCCGAUCUCCGGGGAGGAGAUCUGAAUCUCCGUCUGCCUCAGCCACAAAUCUCAAUUCGAAUUCCCACUCGUCUGCCGCCAGUUCCAGGCCCAGGAAAAUGGUCUCAGUACCGGCCACUGUAUCCUCCGCGGCUAUAAACAAAAGCCAGAAUGCUGCCGGAGUUGAGGCUUGUGCAGCCACCGGCGUUGCUGAUAAAAGGAUCCAAGUGAAGAGGAAUGUGUCUCCACGCGCUAGGUCUCCGGCAAGGACGAGGGUUCAGAAUACGAAUUCAGGAACCAACCAGCAGAUAAUCUCGCUUAGCCGGAGCAUUUCAAGGAAGGCAAAGCAUUCCCCUUGCAGAAGAAACCCACUUGCUGAGAUUGACACCAACAUUAUCCAACAGGCUCCCGUCCAGAAGCCGAAAACCGACAGCAAAACAGUCCAACCUCUUGCCCGAUCUCGAUCCUCCCGCCUAUCCCGAGACCUCGACGCGAUCAACCCCGAAACUCUAAUCCUACCCACAAACCCCAAAAACAACAACAACAACACAUCAACUUACACAGCCCUCCUUCUAGAAGACAUCCAAAACUUCCACCAAAAGAACAAUCACUCUCCCGAGCCAGCCUUCUCUCUCCCGCCUUGCGUGGCCAAGGCCUGCUCGAUUCUCGAGGCUGUUGCGGACCUCAAUUCCAGCACGGGCUCCAACUUGUCCUCAAACGCGCCUUUUCCCGACCAGACACAUAAUUUCAAGAAGAUGAGGCCCGCAAAGGCCAAGGACCCGAGUCUUGAGUCGGAGGUUUCAGCUAAGGACGAUUUGAUGGAGCCGAGCUUUCAUAAGUAUGUUACAGUGAGGAGGGGCACGUCGGAUGUGGUUGGUGGUGAGGAAGAAUCUUUCGGAAGUAGUAGCUUUCAUAAGUAUGUUAAACUUUCUUUUCAGUCUCUAUAG